AUGAGAUUGAUGGUCUACCCUAUGCCUCUGAUCAGUGAUCUGCUAGUAGAUCUGGAUAAAGCAGUAUGGUACUGUUCGUUGGAUAUGGCUAGCGGCUUCUGGGCCGUGACCAUGACGGAUCGGGCUCGCGAGAUCUCAGCAUUUAUCACCCCGUUUGGAUUAUUCGAAUGGGGUCGCAUGCCAUUCGGUCUAAAGAAUACCCCGCAGAUUUAUCAACGCCUCGUAGACAACGCUUUGUAUGGAUUUUUGAAGAUCUCGCCAUGA